AUGACAACGAUGUUCAUCCAACUGCGCCGUGUGGUGUUCCCGUUGGCACUCCUGCUUUGUUGGUUGUGUACGGUUCACGCUCAAGAAACGAAGGGUGCAGAUCAGGGUGUGACUGGUGGUGGUGCAGUGGUAGAAAUAAAUCGUGAAAAGGCCAUGAGGGCGUUCUGGGGGAUUCCAAAUCGCACACGCGAUGAAAUCAAAGACGAUGAAAGUUUAAAGAACGUGUAUGAAGGUUUUUGGAUGGCAGCAUGGAAUGUGAUCAUGGCAGUCAACGGUUCGGAUGUUCUUUUUGCGAAUGGAACGACUUGUGCGGCCGAGUGGGAAAAGGUGAUUGCAGCGAACAAGAAAAUGGUUGAGGAUGCCGCGGAAGACACCAAAAAGAUUACGAAGCUGAUCAAAGACGUCGACGCCAUAAUGAAGGAGGACUGGGUGAAGGGGGACGGCAAAGAAAAAGAAAAAAUACUUCGAUUGAAGAUAACGACCCGGGAUGAUGAGUUUUGGAAACUGGUAGGGGAGAUACGGGAGGUACUGCGAGAGACAAAGGGCAAGGUACCAGAUGCGGUGGCGUUAUCUAAGAUUGAGGAGGCGGAGCAGACAAGACUAUUCUGUACGAUCGUGGACAGAAACGUGAAAUACCGUCUGCAAGAACUGGACAAGCAUCUUGAGGCUCUCAAUUUCACUUCUGGAGGGGAAUUUGUCAAAAGUAGAACAGCGGUGGAAGUAAAGAAUGCGGGAGACGGUGUGCGCGAGGUAUUGCACAAUGUCACAAACAUUAUCGCCAAUGCAACAGUACAUAACAGGUUUGCGGUUGGGGAGGCCAAGGAUCGGGUAAAAGCCUGGAGAAGGGCGUUCGAACUCAUCGAGCUCGUUGGGGGAAUGAAAGAUGUGGAGCCUGUUGUGGGGGGAAAGCAAGGGGAACUUGAAGCAAUAAAGGGGGAAGUCGAAGAACGGAGGCAGACGAUUGAACGCCUUGUCAACGGAUCAGUUGACGAGACGAAAGCCAGGGGGGAGAAGGCCGUCAAGGAGGUCAACGACAGAAUUGAAAAGGCGAGUGCGGUGGAGGUCAGACGUGUGGAGGCGGAUGUGGAAAGGGUUGCUGAGGACGAGAGGAGGAAGGCCGAGGAAAGAAAAAGGGCCGAGGAAGAGAGAAAAAGGGAGGCCGAGCAGGAGAAGAUAAGACUGGCCAAAGAACAGGAGAAGAUAAGACGGGCCAAAGAAGAGCGGGAGAGGGAAGCCAGAAAUAGAGAGCAGAAGGCCCGAGAGGAGGAAGAGAGGAGGGCAUUGGACGAAAAGGCGAGGAAGGCCGUUGAGGAAGAGAAGGCAAAGAGGAUGGCUGAGGAAAAAGCCAAGAAGGCCAAGAGUAAGGAUGGUAGCAGCAGUCCUGCAUUGGUGCACAGUUCCUUGUUGUUGAUUCUGUUGUGUGUGUUGGGUUGCGCUCUUGUGUGCUGA